UUUUUUUUUUUUUUUUUUCCCAGCCGCAGUCGGCGUCCGGACGCGGGUUCGCUUCCUUCAUUUGUCCCCGGAACGCCGCUCCAGUCCCCCGGAACAUGGCUGUGGUGAGCGGCGGCGCGUCCGGGCCGCUCGCCCGGCUGGAGGGCCGUGAAUUCGAAUACCUGAUGAAGAAGCGGUCGGUGACCAUCGGCCGGAACUCGUCGCAGGGCUCCGUGGACGUGAGCAUGGGCCACUCCAGCUUCAUCUCCCGCCGCCACCUGGAGAUCUUCACGGCGGGAGAGGACGGCUGCGGCGGCGGGGACUUCUACCUGCGGUGCCUGGGGAAGAACGGGGUGUUUGUGGACGAGGUGUUCCUGCGGCGGGGGGCUCCUCCUCUGCAGCUGCCGCGGAUGUGCACGUUCCGGUUCCCCAGCACCAACAUCAAGAUCGGCUUCACGGCGCUGUCCGGCGGCCGGAAGGCCAAGCGCGAGGCGCCCGAGUCUCCGGUCAAGCCCGUCCAGCUGCACAUCUCCCCGCUGACCAUCAACAUCCCCGACAACAUCGCCCACCUGAUGAGCCCGCUGCCGUCGCCCACCGGCACCAUCAGUGCGGCUAACUCCUGCCCCUCCAGCCCGCGGGGCGCCGGCUCGUCGGGGUUCCGGAUGGGGGGGCGGAUGGUGAGCUCGGCCGAGCUGCAGCUCAUCAGCGACAACUCUCAGCCGGAGAACGACAAGGAGGCGUCCGGGGGCGACAGUCCCAAGGACGACUCCAAGCCGCCGUACUCCUACGCCCAGCUGAUCGUCCAGGCCAUCACGCUGGCGCCCGACAAGCAGCUGACGCUCAACGGCAUCUACAACCACAUCACCAAGAACUACCCCUACUACCGCACCGCCGACAAGGGCUGGCAGAACUCGAUCCGUCACAACCUGUCUCUGAACCGGUACUUCAUCAAAGUGGCGCGUUCUCAGGAGGAACCGGGGAAAGGUUCCUUCUGGCGGAUCGACCCGUCGUCGGAGGGGAAGCUGGUGGAGCAGGCCUUCAGGAAGCGGCGGCCGCGGGGCGUGCCCUGCUUCCGGCCCCCCCACGGGCCCCUGUCCUCCAGGAGCGCCCCGGCCUCUCCCAACCACUCCGGGGUUCUGUCGGCUCACUCCAGCGGGGUCCAGACCCCCGACAGCCUGUCCAGGGAGGGUUCUCCGGUUCCCCUGGAGCUGGAGGCCUCCUCGGCCCCGCCCCCGGCCGCCGCCGCCGCCGCCGCCGCCGCGGUCCAGCCCAAACUGGCCGUGAUCCAAGAAGCACGCUUUGCACAGAACACAGCAGGUCCUGCGGUCGGCGCCGGGCCGGUCCUGAUCGCGGUGCAGCGCCCGUUACCUCCGAGCAUCAAGCCGGUGACGUACACCAUGGCGUCCCCGGUGAGCGCCGGCAGCUCGCAGCCCGCCGUCCAGACCGUGCACGUCCUGCAGCAGAUCCCGGCCGGCUCGCUCAGCCCCGCCGCCGCCGCUGUCCUCGCCCAGCCGGCCGUCAUCAGCAAGGGCGAGGCGCAGGAGAACGGGGAGCACGCGGAGGUCAAAGUCACGGUGGAGGCGGUUCCCUCCGCCUCGCUCGGCGCCCCGGGAACGGCCCGGAUCCUGCAGGCCUCCCAGACGCUCGCCAUCGUGCAGCCGGCGCCGCCGGGCCAGCACCAGCUGCCCGUCAAGGCCGUCACGCAGAGCGUCACGCAGAACGGAACCCACGCCGUCCCGGCGCCCGGAGGCUCAGCUCCGCCCGUGGCCAGCCCGCUCCACCUGCUGGCGGCCCACGCCUCGGCCUCGGCGUCGCUCCCCACCAAGCGGCAGAACGGCGAGCAGCCGCUCGGCGAGCAGCCGGACGCCAAGCGCAGCAGAGCGGAGGAGGAGGCCCCGCCCCCUCCGGCGGCGGACUCGGACUCAGCAGCGGCGAACAACCAAGACGGCCUCCCCAACUAGUCCGUUCAGCCCCUCCCCCACCCUCCUCCGCCUGGUUCCGUUGGUCCCGCCCUCCAGCGACCCCGAGGUGCCAAACAGGGCGGAGCCUCUUCCUCUUCCUCUUCCUCACCUUUGUUUUAAAGCAUCAGACAAAAGAACGGUUCCUCCUCCUCCUCUUCCUGUCGACGCCCCGCCCCCCGGACCGCAGGAGGCCUCAACGCCCCUGAAGAGGAGCAGGAGCCUGGCCCGGCCCGGCCGGCGCCGCUUCCACGUCUGGCUUCCCUUUGUUUUUUUUAACCGUUGAGAGAAAACCAUGAACCGAUUUCCGAGGGAUCAAGUGGAGCCGACCUACAACCUACGACCCCGGCAGCUAGCUGGCCUCGCGCUGACCUUCCUUCGCUGCUCCACACGCAGGGCUUCGUCGUUCUGGAACUUUUUUUAAAAUGAAUUUUCACGGAUCUGGAUCAUUGAUGGAAGGAAGCGUGGAGAACAGCGUGCUCUGUGGGACCUGGCGGGACCUGGCGGAACCGGCCGGGACCUGGCGGAACCGGCCGGGACCUGGCGGGACCGGCUGGGACCGCGCAGAAAUGAUGUUUCAUUUCAUCAGUCGUUACUUUGUGUUGUGCAGAAAUGCAAAUGUACUGGUGUGUGUGUGUGUUUGUGUGUGUGUGUUUGUGUGUGUGUGUGUGUGUGUGUGUGUGUGUGUGUGUGUGUGUGUGUGUGUGUGUGCGUGUGUGUGUGUACAUGGGAAUGUGCUUUUUGUCGUGCUGGGUUUUCUUUGCCCCCUGUUUAGACUCGCAGGCUCACAGAUCCUGAACCGUUCUGAAGGUUCCUGAUUGGAAGGAAUUCAGCCUUAGAGCCUGCGAGUCACGUGAAGGGUGAAGAAAACCCACCUGUCAGAUCAGUCACUGGUCAUUCACAGGAUGUUGUAGACUCACUCUCUCUCACACACACACACACACACACACACACACACACACACACACACACACACACACACACCUCUUCCUGACCAGCCUCUCCUCCACAUGGACUUUCACAGGGAUAAGGAUCUGUGUUGCCCUCAGUUCAGACUGACAGGCUCAGCUCAGACUCAGAACCCGGAACACUCAGAUGUUCUGAAGUCUGUAACGCUGCAGAGAGACGAGGCCCAAUCCGAGGCUCCGGGUCGCCCAACGCCUGCAAGUCUCUGAUCAGGGCAGUGGAAGUUCAACCUGUUCAGCCUGAACAGGUUAGGGGAGGAUCGGCCAAAGUGCGCCCACGCGCACACACACACGUGCGUGUGCAGAUGUUUGUGUGCUUGUCUUCAGGGAUCCAUCAGUGUGUUAACCUGUUAACCUGUUAACCCGUUAACCUGCAGCAGCCGGAGUUUAAUCCCGUCAGAGAUCGUCUCUGCCCUGGGCCUUCUCGCCCUCUGUCAGGACUGGCAGGUUCAGUGUGAGGAAACCCUGCGCUCCGUCCAGCGUGUCGACGGCUGCAGGCCAGACGGAGCCUGACAGUCUUAUCGAGGGCAAAAAAAACCCCAAUAACUGACGCGUUCGCUCAGAUUGGUUGUCCACUUGAUUGAGGACAUAACUGUCCUCAGAUGAGCUGCGGACUUGAAAACCCUCCAUUCUGACUGACAGGCUCACUUCUCCGUUUCUGGUGCUGCUUCGUCCCGUGGAGUCUGGAUGUUCCUCACACCGUCUCGUUCAGUUGACAGAGUCAUGGGCUUUUUAACCCUCGUCCUGGACUGACAGGCUGACUUUUCAAGCAUUGUCCUGUGUAGUUCAAGUGACGAAUCUGUUUUCCCAAUGAUUGAGUGAAAUGAAAGCGUGAGCCUGCCAGUCUGUACUGAGGGCAUUUAAACCAACGGUCAGGUGAGGAGGAAGACGUGCAGGUCGUCGUUCUGCCUGUUCAGGCUCGGUGUGAGCCUGCCAGUCUGGGCUGAGGGUAAACAAAGGUAUGAGGUGGGAACAAGUGACGCGUCCCUGAAAGUAAUCGGAUUACUCACCGCAGUGAAUUGAGAUACAACUUUGUGUAAACACAAUUGUAGCGACACACUUUCCACCGACGCGCCGGCGUCUGCAAGAGUCCUGCUGUUCCCAGAACGCCCCGCCCCCCCCCCCCCCCCCCCCCCCCCCCCAGACAGCUCAGACAGCUGUUCUGAGACCUUUGACCCCUCCAGCUGUGGAUCCAGAUGUUGACCUUUGACCCCUCCAGAUGUUGACCUGUGCAUGUAGCGGAGGAAACUGUAAAUCUGCGCCGAGACAUGAAGCGAAGGAGACGAGCUGCACUCGAUUGAUCUUCCUCCUCCUCCUGGCUGUUGAUGUCGUGGUGGCAGACCCCCCCCCCCCCAAUUCUCACACACCUCUGCUUGUUUUUUUAUCUGCCGAGUCUCUUUGUUUUUUCCUGAUUGUUCACGUUUCAGAUGGUAAAAGAAAAACUUCUGCUUCAGUGGAGAAAAUCUUUUUUUAAUAAAUUAAUUUAAACUC